CACGUUUACAAUCUGUUUAUAUACAAACUUUCAGAUUCACACCGAAAUGCCUACACGUCGUUAUCAAGAUGACUGUAUAAUUUUAAACGAUGAUUAUCCAGGAUAUUUCGCCAACAACUUCAUGCUACCAGCACGUUAUGAAAAGUACAUCGAGAGCAUUAUCGUACCACAUGGAAUGGUUUUGGAUCGUCUCAACAAAAUGGCUUCUGACAUUCUCGACACUUAUGAAUGCUUGCGCACACGCUCAAUUCAUAUCAUAUGCAUAUUGAAGGGUGGUUUCAAAUUCGCCUCUGAUCUAUUCGAAACAUUGCAAACAUUUAUCACAUCGCGGAAGAAAGAUAUCAAUGUGUACAUUGACUUCAUCUCAGCUAGUACUUAUGUUAAUGAUUCUGUGGGUGAUGGGACAAAAUUGAAUGCCUGUACAGACAUGGAGAAAUUUCGAAAUAAGAAUGUUCUCAUUGUCGAAGAUCUCGUUGAUACGGGAACAAGUCUUACUAAAAUCGAAGAAUUUGUCCGUCAAUAUAAUCCACUCUCGUUACACACAGCUUGUCUGUUACUGAAAAGAAGACCUGACUGUGCUGGAUACAUACCAGACUAUGUCGGCUUUGAAACACCCAACCGAUUCAUUGUUGGAUAUGGUAUUGACUACAACGAUUACUUCCGUGAUAUACCAAUUCACUCACAGAACAGAUUCACUUAGAGUUACUGAUGGCAAAGAAGCAUUGGAAAUCUGUACUGUUCUAAUCUGAAAUCCUUCAACACUGUUGUUGAAGCCUGCAAAUGUGUGGGCGCUCGAUUGGCAGGAAGGGGGUGAGCAUACCCCCAUGCAGUUAGUGCACUCAGAUUGAAUCAUAUUGAUAAUAAUAAUAGUAAUAAUAAUAAUAAUCACAAGUAACCUACGAAAUAUUCUGAAUGAGCAUAAGGACAAUGAACUGUUUUACACAAGGUUAUUGUCAAACCGAAAGAUUUUACUGAAUUCAGUUAUCUGCCGCAUUCAUCAAAGUGAUAAUUAUCAAAUAUCACGUCGUGUGUCACCCAGUAGAACACUGCAUAAUCUUCAUGAUAACGAUGAUUCGGACACCUUUCAACACUCAUCACACUCCACAAACUGCGCUGAUUCUUGCCCUGAACUACUCAAAACUCUAUUCUCUUGACCUCCAAUCGCGUUCAAACACACUCACAGAAACGUUUACAGACAGCGACUCAUAAAAUGCAUUACAUUUCUCAUUCAUUAUGUUGCGUAUACUUUUCUAAUCUCCAACACAUUUUCUCUCCAAUUUUCAGCAUGUCUGUUCAGUGAAUAGUCAGGGUAAAAUUAGAUUCGCCAAACCUACAUCCACAGUUACGAUAAUUCGUCAACAGAGUAAACAGUAAUUGUCAACCAGAUGCAUUAGUCACCACUGUCUUCUAUACAAUCACUUGUAAACAUCUAUAAAUACAUCCAAUUCCGCCGUCCUGCUUGGUCAAUCACCAGUCAUGUAGAAGACUAUUUUGUUAUAUUUUGUUUAUUUCAAGAAAAAGUGUUUCAAACGAA